UGCAUCCCUCAAUUCGAGGUCGGGCCAUUUUUUAUAGUUUCAGAGACGAGGCCUCGACCGUGCUUGUUUUCUUAGCUUACUCCGACCACCGUCUCCAAAGAAAUCCACUUUCCUUGAUUCCCAUGGCUUUGUUAUUCCCACGUCUUCCUCAAUUCUGGUUAUCCUGUAAGCCUUCCAAAGUUCUUAUCAAAUCCGCUUUAAACGCUAGCUCGAACCGGAACUCCGUUCCCAUCUCUCCGCUGUCGACGGAGGUAGCGUCGGCGAAGAAGAGAUGCCUGAGAUGCGGCACGCUCUACCAGGAUCGGGAUAACUCCCCCACGGCUUGCUCCUUCCACGGCCACACAACUGGAGAUAGAGGGUUAUUCUCAUUAGCUCCACCGCAUCAAGGAAUAGACGGCGAGUGGAGCGAUGGGAGUGGAGUAAUUGUUUAUAAGUGGAACGAGAAGGAAGACAGGCCAAAUACAAGGAGGGCUAACUGGAAGAAAAGAUGGAGUUGUUGUGCUGAAUAUGAUGAGAAUGCUCCGCCGUGCCGACGAGGAUGGCAUGUUUGUUACGAUGACGGCUUCACACUUUUUUAGCGUUUGUUACAUGAUUUGUAGUUUAAACUCAUGUUAUCCAUAAAUUAAUGUUUGGAAAAUUAGAUUUCA